GAUGGAGAAUAAUAGUAGAAACAAACCAAAGAGGCAAAGAGUGGCUGAAUGGAGCACCCACGUUGGGGUGUUUGUAGCAAUUACUUGACUGAUCUUGUUAAACCAAGUGGAGAAGCUUUGAAAGUUUGGCGAGAAGAAAGACUUUUUCAUGGAGAUUGGAUGCCGCAGAGUUGUGGUAAGUGUCGAUAUCAGCGAGGAGUUUCUAAUUGGAUUGGAAAUCUAAAUUUGAAACCUUAAGAAAUUCCAAUUUGCCAAUAAUUAUAUUGAAGGAAAUGACAUUAAUGGAAAUGACAAAACAAAUUAUAUUGAAGAAAUUGAAAGUAGUAUU